ACAGUCGGCGGAACCAGCGGAAUCGGCGAAUCGACUGCCCGCGCCUUCAUCCGCAGCACGCAGGCCUCGCGGGCGUACCUCAUCGGCCGCGACCAGGCCCGAGCGCACCAAAUCAUCGGGGAACUGCAACAACUCAACCCGGACGCGCAGAUCACUUUCAUCAAGUCCGAUGUCUCCCUGUUACGCGAAGUCGACGAGGCAUGCAGAGCCAUCCAACAGCAAGAAGACAAAGUCAACAUCCUCUUCCUAAGUCCGGGCGUGGGGACGAUGAACGGGCGGGACGAAACCGCCGAAGGCCUCGACAAAAAGCUCAGCCUCCACUACUACGCGCGCAUGCGCUUCAUCGCCAACCUCCUCCCGCAGCUGCAGAGAGCCGGUGAUGCCCCCACGCCACCAGCAACCGGAGCCCGACCGCCCCUCUCCCGCGUCGUCUCCGUCCUCGAAGCCGGCCGCGAAGCAGCCCUCCAGCUGGACGAUCUUGCCCUCCAAACCCACUACUCGCUGCGCAACUGCGCGAAACACGCCAUAGCCAUGACCUCCGUCUCGAUGGAGCAUCUCGCGGCCGCGUAUCCGCGGGUUUCGUUUGUUCACUCGUUCCCGGGACUGGUGCGCACGCGGCUCGGUCGGGACUUCGGCCCCGUCACGAAAUGUGCGCUUGCGGCGUUGAUGGUGCUGGCCAAGCCGUGGGAGACGCCGCUGGAUGAGAGCGGGGAGAGGCAUUUGUUCGCGGCGACGACUUUGCGGUUUCCGUCGCGGGGCUUUGUGGGGGAUGGUGGGCGUGAGGUGGCGCAGGGGUCGGAUGGGACUGCUGGGAGUGGGUUUUAUCGGCUGGAUUCCACCGGGGAGACAUAUCGACCCAGUGAUCUUAUGCAGCGGUAUCGGGUGGAAGGGGUGAGAGAUUUGAUCUGGACGCAUACGCUCGAUACCUUUGCUGCGGUGCGCGGUAGGGAACAAAACUAGAUCCGGGGCUGGAUGUCAAACUCCUCAGAAGAUUUGUUCCUAUAACGGCGUUCCUUCGCGGGAAUGUUGUCUUGUGUAUGUAGCAUGGUGG